AUGUCUCGGAGAUACGACUCAAGGACAACCAUAUUCUCGCCUGAGGGCAGAUUAUAUCAGGUCGAAUAUGCCCUCGAAGCCAUCUCACACGCCGGCACAGCUCUGGGAAUUCUAGCGCAGGAUGGUAUUGUCCUGGCUGCGGAACGAAAAGUCACAAGCAAGUUGUUGGAACAGGACACUUCCGCUGAGAAGUUGUAUAUCUUGAACGACAACAUGAUUUGCGCUGUUGCAGGCAUGACCGCAGAUGCCAACAUCCUCAUCAACUAUGCUCGACAAGCUGCCCAACGAUACCUACUCACCUAUAACGAAGACAUUCCCUGUGAACAGCUUGUCCGACGCUUGUGUGAUCUGAAGCAAGGUUACACCCAGCAUGGUGGUCUCCGGCCAUUUGGUGUCUCCUUCAUCUACGCUGGUUGGGACCCUCAGAGACAAUUCCAACUCUACCAAAGCAAUCCCAGCGGCAACUACGGUGGCUGGAAGGCAACCAGUGUCGGCGCCAACAAUGCUAGUGCCCAGAGUCUGUUGAAGCAAGAUUACAAGGAAGACUGUGACCUGAAAGAGGCGUGCGGCAUGGCGGUCAAGGUCUUGAGCAAGACGAUGGAUUCCACAAAAUUGAGCAGUGAGAAGAUCGAAUUUGCUACGGUGGGAAAGACAAAGGAUGGAAAGAUCUACCAUCAUCUAUGGUCAGGUGAGGAGAUCAACAACCUAUUGAAGGAACAUGGCCUCGCAAAGGAAGAAGAUGCCGAGACCGGCUAG